UCCAUCACAAAAGUAAACUGUCCUAAUUCCGCAACACCUGCUGUUGAAUUAUCAGCCCUAUCGCCGACUCUUUUCAUCGCUUCAAUUCCUCCAAACCCUCUAAACUUCACUUCACAAAUUCACCACCGGAAGCUAUGCACCCAGAGUUUUCCGAUAUACCCACUCGCGGUUGUGCGAGCGUCAUCGACGACGCAAUGGUAGUGAGGGCAGCGUCUCCGCCGUCUUCGGAGAUGGAGAUUUCAGUGUAUUGUGUGGAGAAAAUCUUGAAUUACAGUUUUAAAAACAAGCGACUUCUAGAAGAAGCAUUGACGCACUCUUCGUACCCUGGUGCGGCGUCGUAUCAGCGGCUGGAGUUUGUCGGCGACGCGGCGUUGGGACUUGCAUUCUCUAAUUACAUCUUUUUAGUUUAUCCAAGGCUUGAUCCAGGACAGCUAUCGCUCAUACGGUCUGCCAAUAUAAGCACUGAGAAACUGGCACGAGUGGCUGUCAGACACGGGCUGUAUCGGUUCAUGAGACAUAACGCGGCUUCUGCUCUUGAUGAUAAAGUGAAGGAAUUUGCUGAAGCUGUUAGUCAAGAAGAAGACAAUGCAGCUGUGUAUGGUGGAUCAAUGAAAGCGCCAAAGGUUCUUGCUGACAUUGUUGAAUCUAUCGCAGCUGCGAUCUAUGUUGAUGUUGAUUUUGAUCUCCAAAAAUUAUGGGUGAUUAUUCGGGGUCUUAUGGAGCCUAUCAUAACCCUGGAAGACCUGAAACAAAAGCCACAACCGGUUACACUUUUGUUUGAGCUUUGCCAGAAGCAAGGAAAGCAAGUUGAUAUCAAGUACUGGAGAAAGAAGGACAAAAACAUUGCCAGUGUAUAUGUUGAUGGUGAGUUUGUUGCCUCAAGUUCUUCAGAGCAGAAGGAAAUCGCGAAGCUUAAUGCUGCAAGGGAAGCUCUGCACAAGUUAUUGCAGUUUAUGCCGGUAGAUAAUGGUGGGAUGAUUGAAAUUUAUAAUGAUGUUGAUGGUAAAUUGGAGAUCGGAGCUAAACAGAAGUUACAUGAAAUCUGCAGCAAAAAGAAGUGGCCAAAACCAACCUACCAAACUGAGAAAGAUGAAGGUCCUUCACAUGACAAGAAAUUCAUAUGUUCUGUCAAAAUUCCAACUGCAGAUGGUACACUUUAUAUCACUGGAGCUGAGAAGUCGAGAGUAAGGGAUGCAGAGAACUCCGCAGCUGCCAUGAUGAUCGGCGCCUUAUAUGAGUCUAAUUAUAUUUGAUGCUAUUGAUCCGUAAUAAAUUAUAUCAUGUGCUGUUUUUCUGAUGGAUUUCUGCCAUUUGAUCCGUAAUAACUUGUACAGCCAUGAGUUAUAUGUAAAUAGCUGUUUUCAGUGUUCUUUUGUGUGCCAUAAUCCUGUAAACUUUGCUUAUAUCACCUGAUGUUUAAUUCUACUAUUUCAUUUCUAUUA